CUGAAGCGGUGGGUCAAUCUGUACCUUCACUAGAGGUAGUCUGCAAGGAGUGUGUGACACAGUUGACCGCUGAAUUGCUUUUCUUUAACUUACACAGCUAAUAACAACCGUCGUCACAGAUGUAGCAGCUGCAAGUGAACGUGAACUCACCCAGACUGCAGUAACCUCAUAAUUUUCACUGGCACUGGCAGUCACUCGGGUGGGGCUGACACGGAUGACAGUGCAGGGAAAGAGAGCCCAGGGAUAACCAGAUCACACAGGAUAUUGUUGAGGCAGUCGGUAAAGCCAUGACCAAGCCCGAGUCAAAGAAAAGCGGCAUGGCCAUGGCCACCGGCAAGUGUGCCAGCACCGCAGUCUCCGAGGAGCUGAUCAAUAACGGUUCAGUGGAGCCCGCCUUGUCCCCAAGCUGUCAGGAGCAGGGCACACCGACCAAACCCAGGACUAUGAAGCAGAUGUCCAGGGAGAGCCUCUCUUCUCGGAGAAACACAGAGUGUGAGGUCUUCGAUGACGGGACCAACACCUUUUUCUGGCGAGCGCAUACGGUGACAGUGUUGUUCAUUCUGACCUGCGCCCUGGUCUACGUUACGCUGUUGGAGGAGACACCCCAGGACACGGCCUACAACACCAAGAGAGGGAUUGUGGCCAGCAUCCUAGUGUUCCUCUGCUUUGGAGUGACCCAAGCCAAAGAUGGCCCCUUCACCCGACCACAUCCUGCUUACUGGCGAUUCUGGCUCUGUGUCACCGUGGUCUAUGAGCUCUUCCUCAUCUUCAUCCUGUUCCAGACGGUGCAUGAUGGACGACAAUUUAUGAAGUACAUUGACCCCAAGCUGGGUGUGCCCCUCCCGGAGCGGGACUAUGGAGGGAACUGUCUGAUAUACGACCCGGGCAACACAAGCGACCCUUUCCACAACAUCUGGGACAAGAUGGACGGCUUUGUUCCAGCUCACUUCCUGGGCUGGUACAUCAAGACGCUGAUGAUACGGGACUGGUGGAUGUGUAUGAUAAUCAGUGUUAUGUUUGAGUUCCUGGAAUACAGCCUGGAGCACCAGCUGCCCAACUUCUCCGAGUGCUGGUGGGAUCAUUGGAUCAUGGAUGUGUUGGUGUGUAACGGUCUUGGGAUCUACUGCGGUAUGAAGACCCUGGGCUGGCUGUCGAUGAAACCCUACCAGUGGCAAGGCCUCUGGAACAUUCCUACAUACAAGGGGAAGAUAAAGCGUAUUGCCUUCCAGUUCACCCCAUACAGCUGGGUGAAGUUUGAGUGGAAGCCCGCCUCCAACCUCCGCCGCUGGCUGGCUGUGCUCGGCAUCAUCUUCAUGUUCCUCUUGGCGGAGCUGAACACAUUCUACCUGAAGUUUGUGUUGUGGAUGCCUCCAGAGCACUACCUGGUGCUGCUCCGCCUCGUCUUCUUUGUCAAUGUGGGCGGUGUGGCCAUGAGAGAGAUCUACGACUUCAUGGACGAUCCGAAGUUCCACAAGAAGCUGGGCCAGCAAGCAUGGCUGGUGGCAGCUAUCACAGUGACCGAGUUCCUCAUCGUGGUCAAGUACGACCCCAACACCAUCAUGCUGCCCAUCCCCUUCUUCAUCAUGCAGUGCUGGAUCCUGGGUAUCCUCCUCAUCCUGACCUGGACCCUGUGGCGAUUCUUCAUCCGUGACAUUACACUCCGCUACAAAGAGACCCGCCGGCGUAAACAGGAAGUCCCGGCAGACCGGGAUCGCCCUCUGGGCAAUGGUAGCACGUCAACACCGUCUGGGCGGAGCAAACUCAACGGCAGCUCGGAGCCGCUGCGACAGAGAAAGUCCUGAGGGGAAAUGUGGGUCGGAGUUUGUUGGUCACACUGUCAAAAGCAGAGAGAAAGGACAAAGUUAAAUGGGGGGAAAGAUGGAAAAACACAACACAACAACAACAACAACAACAACAAUACGCACACAUAAAGGCAGAUGGAUGGCAGAUGGACAUGUCUUGUGUGUGGUGUAGACCGUUCUCGUGCCUACAUGAACCAACUAGAGUCAUUCCAAUGCUGGCUUAUUCACUGUUAACACUAGUCACUGAACAAUUUCGGGUGGGGGUUGGGAGGUUAUUUCAGUUGGUGUGUUGUUUAGUCAUACUACAGGGAUUUACCUCAUUGUGUUUUUUUAGAAGAACGUUUCGGGAGCGAUACCUGGACGUUGUUGGUGUAUUUCAUUAUUAUUUUUUUGUUAUUUAUACAUUGCAUCAAAGUUUGGGUGAUGAGUUUUGGGUUUAGUGGAAAAGAAAAGGCUGAAUACAAGAGAGGUAGAUUAGUGCACAGAGGGAUGGCAGACGAUUCUGUUGGCCAGCGUGGUCUUAAGAAGGUGUAGACUAAUAAUCUACAGUGGUCUCCUCUUUCUCAGCAGCAGUUUUUAUAAAAUAAAGAGAUGAACACCAGGACUGUGGUAGUCAACAACUGUAAAUAUGCUAUGUCCUGUCCUGUGUUGUCAGAUUAGUGCAGAUGGCCGACGGGAGUUUUACCGGUGAGAGAGUUUCUGUAUGUAUAGCGAUUGAUGAGAAUUGGAUUUAGGAUUCUGUUUAUUAUCCACUGCUAUGCAAUCUUCAGUAUCAUCCUGGGACUUGAAGUAGGUGGGCAAAAUUUUACCAAGCACCAGUGGGAAUAGACCUUCAUUGCAAAUGUUACAUUUGUCUGUCAUGUUCACAAGCUUCUGAUGGAAUACUGCCAGCUCCCUGCAGAAGGAAGUAGUUGUUUUCCAUUGAUGCACAUACAUAUUUUUGACAUUUUAAAAGUCUUUCAGUUCCAGGUUCAUGAUACAUUGUUUACAUGUGGGAGACAGUAUCCACUCUUCAUUGACAGUAAACGGUUUUCUGCGUGACUUAGGUGUUGUGUUGAUCACACAUCCUUGGGUGCUUGGCAGCACUGAGCCACCAGUGAAUAUGUCCCUGUCAGAAGUCUUCUGUAGUCCUUAUAACCGGUGGGAAUCCUCCUUUAGUCGUACACAGAGAGAAAAUCAACUGGCCAAAGCCACUCUAUCUGCUUUGUUCUGAAGAAUAACAGCAAGUUUGUAAAAACAACUAUAUAUACUAUACUAUGUAUAUGUAGUACACACACUGUAAGGAAUAUAGUUUGGAUGUCUUUUGUAGAUGUUUUGAUAUUACUUUUACGACUUGAACAAGAACGGAUCAUGAACACUUCCUUCAGUUGCUUUUUGUCAGAUGAGGUUAUGUGAUAUCCACAGCACUCUAACGAGUACAUCGAGGACAAUCACACUUGGUAAUCUACCCUCGGUUCCCUUCUGAAAGAGGCAUGUUGGAUUGUCCAUGGCACAAUAUUUUGCCUGAGGUAGCUGCAGAGUUAACAGACUUGGGCUCAACCAUUAGCACAUUCAGUCAAGUCAGAGGGUGAGCUGACAUCUGAGUUCAAUAUUUGAAGCCUUUUAUGCCAAAAGAUUUUAAAUUCUUGAAUUUUAAUGGCAGGUUAUGUUCUGUGGUGGCAGAAGUAGCUGAAAUGGGAUGAGUGUCACCUGGGAAUGGAAAGGUGUGAUAAUAAGUUGAGCUGUGUGUUGGACUGGGAAGGGAACCAACCAUUCAAGUUUUGAAGCACCGCCAUAUUGCACAUGCAAUCAGCCAAAGCUUAGAUCCCAUUCUUGCUAAAGCCAUAAAAACCAUUCAGGCCGACAUAAGCAGCUCACACAGCUGUUAACCUUUAUUAACAUUCCUUUUAAGUAUAAGUAAAAUCAAGUUUGCAAAGUCACAAAAGCCAUCAUGGUCAGUUAUCUCAGCAUACAGCUUUAUUUAACAAGAAGACAUACACAGCAGUGAAACCAAAUUUUAUUUUGAGUUAGCUUGACGAGGCGUCAGAACCUGCCUGAUGUCAAGCUUGAAAACAGAAUGUUAUGUAGUUUGCUUAUGUGAAAGCACCCGUGUUGCUUUGAUUCCCCCGUCAGUCACAAUGUUGUUAAAUGUUCUGAACUUUUCAUGAUGAUGCUAUAAACCAUUUACACUUAAACAUCUGACAUGCAGAAAUUGGAAAUGACGUCUUUGCUGUCAAGAAGUCCUGUCAGACGUCUACAUAUAUCACAUGCUUUACUUCACCUUCUGGAUGUUCAACAGAGACAGAUGGAGUUUCCCCAGAUUUUAUAAGACUAAAAAGUUUAGUCUUUGUGCUGUUUAGGUCUUGUUGCUGUCAGUGAUCAGAUGUAAAGUUCUGUGCGUAACUAUUCUCAUUGUGUCCCAGUGGAUACAUCCCAUGCCGAAGCGACAAAGUAUACAACAUGUGUGAACCCAACUCCAAAUUCCCUACUGGGCUGACGUAUAACAUUGCCAUUGUAAUCUUGUCAGUGUAAUCCAGCUGAUGUUACUGCUCAAAGGAGAGGGCAUUUCCUUCACUGCUAAUCAAUUAUCAUUUUUACCCACAAACACCAGUCUGAAAUGCUUUUGUCAUUUUAUGAGAUCCAUUCUCUUUCCAAAAAGAAAGCCCUGCUAAUUCAGUUAUCUGGUUUGUUUGCAUACAUUGCCCUCUUCUCUGAAUAUUGAGACUUCCAUGAAAUUAAAAGCCUAAAAAUUCUAUUUAGCUGCCAGUUUGUACUUGUUAUUCUGUCCUGUGUAAUUCAGUAUUUAGUUUGAUAUAUUAAGAACCUGGUAUUAGUUCUCAAUUUUUCUUUUUGGGAUCCGGUGGAUAAUUGUGCCCAUAUUCAUGCUUUGAAUUGGUAAACGUCCUUUUGUUUCAAGCAUUGAAUUAAAGGGAUAAACCGACUGCAGUCAUGAAUCUGACAAUCAGUCCUGAUAUUUUAGAUAGUAAUUUGAGGGAUUCAAGUUGAGCCAAAAUGUAAUCAGCUUGGGAAAAACAAACAAACCAAAAAACUAUGUUGGGUCAAUCUGGUCUGGCCUGGUGUGUAGAGAGUUCAGUGUAGUUCCUCUUGCAGCCACAUGAGGGCGGUGGACACUGCCUCUGCCUCUGUGCAGUCAGUCGAGUCUCCUUGUAAACGAUCAUGGACAGCUUGCUGUACAAGCCAUUGUCAACAAAGUUUGAGUAAACGUGAACAUGUUAAGGAUCAUAACCAAAAAAAGAAAGAAACGCUGCUGCACCACAUGUUAUUUUAUAAUGUUUUCAAUAAAAUGAACUGAAAACCCACAGAUUUGCUAUGAUCUCUGAGCUUGACAUAAAUGGGACAUCUGCCUUAAGGAUUUAAAGUGUGUGCUUGUAAAUUGUAAAUAUCUGGUUAACUCAGAUGAAGCACCAGUCU